GUGGGGAAGAGCCAGUGGCCGGCAGGUCCCAGCUCUGCUCCUCUGAGGAGCCUUCACCACAAUGUUCAAGAACAAGAAGCACUUCACCAAUGCCAUUGUUGGGGCACUGGUCGCACUCUCCAUCAUUGCCCUUGUUCUCAGCCUGGUGAACAUUGAAGAUGUUGCCCUGCCACCCACUGUCAAGUAUGGGAUGGUGUUUGAUGCAGGCUCAUCCCACACCUCUCUGUUUGUCUACAAGUGGGAUUCAGACAAGGAGAACAACACCGGUGUGGUCAGCCAGACCUUGUCCUGUGAUGUCCAUGCCAUUCCCAUCAGCCUGUCCCAGCCUGACUCUCUUCCAGGACAAGGUAUAUCAAGCUAUGCCAGUGAUCCCCCGAAAGCCGGUGAUUCCAUAAGGGAGUGUCUGGAUAAAGCCCUGAAGCUUGUUCCUGCUACAAAACAGAGGGAGGUCCCAGCUUAUCUUGGAGCCACAGCAGGAAUGAGGCUACUGAGGGAACAGAACAGCUCAGCAGCAGAGCAAGUCCUGGCUGAAGUCGCUAAAACCAUGCAAGAAUACCCAGUAGCUUUCAAAGGGGCUCGAAUCCUUACAGGAGAGGAGGAGGCGGCUUAUGGCUGGAUCACUGUCAACUACCUGCUGGACUCCUUCACUAAGUACUCGCCCAAAGCACACAUGUGGGUUCGUCCAGAGGCAGCCAACAUUUUUGGGGCACUGGAUCUUGGAGGAGCAUCCACCCAAAUCAGCUUUAUGCCCGAAGGUUCAGUGGUGAACUGGAAGGAAGGCUCCAAGUUCACACUGUAUGGAUAUGACUACAGCAUCUACACACACAGCUACCUCUGCUAUGGCCAGAACGAGAUGCUGAAGCGACUGGCAAAGGAAUUGAUUGCGGAGUCGUCCCCCAGCGCACGAGUCCAUCACCCCUGCUACCCAACAGACUACAAUGAAACCGUGUCACUGUCUUCCUUCCGCACCAGCCCCUGCACAAACCAGAGUGACCCACGCCUGGGUCCUGGCGACAGGAACAUCACCCUGGAGGGCAGGGGCGAUGCCAGCGGGUGCCUGGCUGCCAUCAAGAAGCUCUUCAACUUCUCCGCGUGUGGCCAAAGGCAGGACUGCACCUUUGAUGGCAUCUACCAGCCGCUGGUCAGAGGGAAGUUCAUUGCCUUCUCUGCCUUCUACUAUAACUUCAAGUUCCUCAACCUGACCGAAGGGCAGACGCUGGCCACCGUCAGGGAGACCAUCAGACGCUUCUGCAGAAGAAGCUGGGAAGAUCUCUCUGCCAGCUACCCUGAAGAGAACCCUCAGCGCCUGCCUAAAUACUGCACCAACGCCAACUACAUCCUCACCCUCCUCCUCGAUGCCUACAAGUUCAAUGAGACCAGCUGGAGCAACAUCAUCUUCCAGAUGAAGGCAGGGAGCGCCGACGUGGGCUGGACGCUGGGGUACAUGCUCAACCUCACCAACAUGAUCCCGGCCGAGGCUCCGGUGUGGGUGAAGGGGCACGUUCCUUCCUUGUGGGCUGCAGCUAUUACCUUCAUCAUCCUCACCCUUGUCCUGGGGCUCGCUGCCCUGUUCCUGCUCCUGUGGGUGUAGGAACCUGGCCGCAUUUCAGAGCCUGUAGACGUGCAUCGGGGCUGGAAAACCAUCAGUGCUGCAUCACCCUUGCUUCUGCCCCCAGGGCUGGCAGCCUGGGGCUGGUUCAGUGAUGCUGAGCACCUCUACAGCACCGAAGAACUGAGGUACAGUGUCCCAUGGGACUGGCCCCACCACACAGGCACUAUGAGAGGUUUCCAUUGGAGCUCUGCCUAUGCACCACAGAAACCUCAGCCGUGCCCAUCUGCUUCCUUGUUUUGCUAUGCCCGUUACAGAUGUGGCCUCCAUCCCACCAGCUGGCCUGUGGGGCCAUGGAGAACCGGCCUGGCCAUGGAGGAGCUCCCUGAGUGCCAGACUGAUAGUGCGUGGCUGCAAUGCCACUUGUGACUGAGUGCUUGGUGCAAUGCUCGGUCUGGUUAUGGUCACCAACAGCCCAGCAGGUGCCUGUGAGUGGCAUGCUCUGCAGUACCACAUCUUUCUCUCCAGAGGGUGAAUUGUGUGGGCUUACCUGAUGGUCUUGGAGACAGAAGCAAGAUUGAGCAUCCAAAGUCAGAAACAUGGUCCAUGCCUCCCCGAGGGUCUGUCUUAUCUCAUCUUCCCUUUCUUCUGGGAUAAAGGGAUCUAUGUUUCUGAAUAUCUUCCUGGAGAAAAACUCUGUCCCACUGUCUGGGUAGUGGGACAUUCAUAUAUCCCAUCACCUGCAAACACUGUCCCACCAUCAGGCUGGACCCCACGGGGUCAGGCUCCUAGUCCUGCCCUGACUGUGCCCAUGUGGCUGAGCUGGAUCCUGCCCACAGCUGCACCCCUGCCUUUGCCUUGGGGGUCUGCUCGAUUUUUAUCUGCCUGCAAAUGAUUCAGUGGUUCUGUGCCUCUCAGCACUGAGGAGCUGACUGUUGGUGCCUCAGACAUCCAAAUAAAUCAUGUGAAAGGCAGUGAUGGGUAAAUGUUGUUGCUUUGCUCCUGUACAGC